AGUCGUGCCGAAGCGCACAGUAAACGCGAGUGUGCGGAGUGCGCGUGUGGUUUGUUGUGCGUUUGCGUGCUGAAGUGAUGAAGUAAAUCCUGUUCACGCUGAAAGGAUGGUCGUGCUUACAACUUUCUGCUUGUACGCUGCAAAGGAGACUGCCAAGGGGCCACGGUUGCGAGAUGUGGGGCGCUUCAUGGAUCGCCUGCGCCUGAACAUCCACGGUGGCACAGGCGGCACGGGCUACCCCCGCUACGGUGGAAUCGGAGGCAGUGGAGGCAACGUCUACUUGAAAGCCAUUGAAAAAAUGGAGCUGAAGGACGUCGUCAAAAAUUAUCCCGACAAGCGUAUCAAAGCAGGUCAUGGACAGAACAGCAAGUCAACACAAAUCCUCGGCAGUCCAGGAACUGACAUCACCGUCAAAGUUCCCGUAGGCGUGUCGGUCUACAAUGGCCAGAAUCACUUGAUUGGGGACCUCAUCAAACCUAAUGACAAGAUCUUGGUGGUUCGAGGGGGCCAGGGAGGCAACCCCAGGAACCAGUACCACGGACAGAAGGGCGAGGUCGACAACAUCACCCUCAACCUAAAGCUCAUCGCAGAUGUGGGCUUUGUGGGUUUCCCUAAUGCCGGCAAAUCAACACUGCUGAGGGCACUGUCGAGAGCAGCACCCAAGGUUGCCAGCUACCCUUUCACUACCAUCAGCCCAAACAUUGGAGUUAUGGAAUAUGCUGACCAUCGGCAGAUCUCCCUUGCUGACCUGCCAGGGCUGAUUGAAGGUGCUCACCGCAACUUUGGUUUGGGCCACAAGUUCCUCAAGCAUGUUGAGCGUACCAGCAUGCUGCUUUUCAUUGUCGACAUCAAUGGUUUUCGUCUCAACAGUGCAUCGUUGCACCGGAGUGCCUACGAAACGGUUAUGUCCUUGAACAAGGAAUUGGAACUGUACAAAGAAGACCUCCUCUCUAAGCCGGCGAUUUUGGCUGUGAACAAGAUGGACACCGAGGGGGCUAAGGAGAAGUAUGAAGAACUUUUGGAGCAGCUCGAGAAGCAGGACACGUCUUCACUGGAUGAAGACAUCAGGCCAUCAGUCUUCAUGAGCUUUGACGAAAUUAUUCCCAUUAUUGCACGAGAUGCCAAGAACACGCUCCAAGUGAAACAGAAGAUUCGCACGUUCAUCGACCUUUAUGUUGAGCAACAGAGGAGAGCUGAAGAGGUUUCAUUUGAACGGAAAACAGAAGGCCAAGUUUUAAUUUAGUGUAGAUGUAAAAAUAAAACUUUCAUUUGUAUGGUUUAGCA